GUAAUAAAGACGUUUAGAUAGAUACAAUUAUCAUUUAAUGAGUACGAUUGAAAAACGCAUGUAAUAGCACAAAAUGACCAGCGGUGGCAAUAACUUUUUUGUCAGCCGUGGUCAUGAAACGCAAAGCAUUAUGGGAUUUUUAGUCCUAAAUGCCGGGCUGCCGUGUUGACAUCGUACAAAAGAAAAAUAACUAAGCGUUUUCUUUUUUGUACAAAACAUAGGCUUCGAAUAUACUACACCUGUAGGUUUUAUUUGCGCUUAUUCCAGAUAAAAUCGCACAGAGUUAAGAUCUGGUAUAGCAAAAUUUUCACCACGUUCGCUGUAAAACAAACAGGAAGUGGUUAGCGUUGUGGGACGUGUAGUUCCGGCUACAGGCCGCUGAAGAAGAUACCGCGCACAAUAAAGAAAGUGCAAUAAAAGCGUCGCAAUUAGCCGUGCGGAUUGACUUUGAGGGCUAUAGGCGUCUGUGUUAUCAUGCCUGGAUUCACGUGCUGUGUCCCCGGCUGCUACAGCAAUUCGCAUCGCGACCGGGACUUGCGCUUCUACACGUUUCCGAAGGACACUACACUCCGAGAGCUGUGGCUGAGGAACAUCUCCCGGGCCGGGGUCAGCGGCUGUUUCAGCACCUUCCAGCCCACCACGGGGCACCGGGUUUGCAGUGUGCACUUUGUGGGCGGAAGGAAAACCUACAGUAUCCGAGUGCCGUCGCUUUUCCCCCUGAGGGGUGUGAACGAGCGCAGGAGUCGGCGGGGCAGAGGUAAGAAGUUGUCCACGACGGCGGCUGCAGCCCCCGCCGGAGCCACCACCGGGGUCGUCAUCAACACCGUGCUGGGGAACACGGCCGAGGGCGCCGAGGCCAACGCCGGGGGCGAGGCCAUCGACGACAGCAUCACGGUGGUGCAGAUCGGCCAAAACGGAGAAUAUCUGGGUACGGCACGGCUGCCCGUGGCGGCGGAGGCGCCUUUCACCGCGCCUAUCGGCGCGUCCACCGAACUCAGCGCCGUUACCGUCGCCGCGGACUCCUCCUGCUCGGCGGAGGCGAAGCAGACGGUCGUGCAGUACGUCAGCGUGACCAGCAGCCCGCUGGACCACUCGUACUCGCUGACCACCGGCACCACGUCGGCUGAGCUGCUGCGCAAACUCAACGAGCAGCGGGACAUCAUCGCCCUCAUGGAGGUGAAGAUGAAGGAGAUGAAGGCCACCAUCCGCCAGCUGCGGGUGAUGGAGGCCAAGCUGCAGGAGGAGGUGCGGGAGCGGGACAGGCUGCUGGGCGGCCACCCGGUGCCUCUGAAUGUCAACAAGAAAAUCUAGCCGGAGACGAGGGAGUGCAGACGAACUGAGGGACAUUCAGCCUUUGUACACAAAUGUAUUUUCAAUAACCGCAGAGCUGAUUUUCGUAGACCUGAUCAUGUAUAAAGAUGUUUAGCUGUGGUUGUAUAACUGGUAGUGUCAUAUGGAAAGCUUUUUGAGCAUGUUAUUCAAUUCACACUCAAAGGUCCAUGUACUAGUACACACUUUGUCCUAACUUAGACAAUUCAGCGCACUAGAACAACAGUUGUCUCACUUUUUGCCCCCUACUACUCGGACAUUUCGGCACACUAACAGCAGAACUUUGGUUUAUCAAGAGGACAACUACAUAUUACUGGUGAGGCAAAACUGCACUCGUUGACAUGUGGGUGCUAUACUACAACUACUAGUGAAGUGCUAAAUGUUAACUAAUUUCACAAUGUCACAUAUCAAGGAUUGAUCCUAGAUUAUCCAGUAUAGGUUAUCAGUGUACUCGUAUGCUUUUUGUCCUCGCAAGUAAGACAAUUGAAUACACUAGUAGAACGAUUCUGUUUCUUAAUUUUAUUUAUUUAGUGCUUUCACAACAGCUGCAGCUGUUGCAGAACACAUGAUAAAACAUUAACAAUGAUACAAACACAAACCAAUGAAAUGUUUUCCUUUUUGUCAUGUUUUCCUUCACUGCCUUUCACUACUAUAUGACAUUUUUGCACACCAGUAGAACAACUACUUGUUGUUAGUGAGGCAGCUAGGCACUUGUUGAAAUCGGUGUGCCGCUCAUACUACAGCUGAAGUGCAAGAUGUUAAAUAGUACAAUUUUAUAAAGUCAAUAGUAGUGAGUAGUACUUGGCCUGCUUUCCAUAAAGCAUUUUGAUGAAUAAUUAUUCGAUAUCCUGAUGCUCAGCUAGAAGACCAGGUACAAUUCAGUGCACUAGAAGAAUGACUACGGAGUGCUAGUAGCUCUCAAUUGUCAACAAGUGCACAGUUUUGUCUCACUUAUAUAUGUGGUUGUCCUCAUGCAAACGUUCUCCAACUUAUGAGGACUAAGGACUAAGAAAAUUCAGCACACCUGUAGAAUGGCUGUUUUACUUGCAGUGUUUUUUUUUUUCAGCACCACCAUCUUUGUUGAUUACUGUUUGACAUGUCUGCACACCAAUUACUACCCAGCUUUGCAACAACAUUUUACUAGUGAGCAUUUUGAUGCUGCUAGUAAGUUCCAGGAGGCGACUACUGCAUGACCUAUUUGGGCCGAGUACUGUUACUAGUUCAGCACAAUAGUUUAAUUGUAAGGUUUAGUUGCAACAUUGUAGUUCUAGUGCGCGGAAUUGGCUUACUAGUACACGGAAUUUAUGAUGGAUUUGAAGAAUAUCAAGUAAAUGCUUAGAUGACAUUCUAUAGUGUCAUCUCUAACAGUUGUUUGAUCCACUUUACAGUCAUAGUUUGCAUAGCCUUACAAGAUAGAUGACUUUAAAUAUGAGAGUUGGGAAGGAAUAUUUUUAGUCCAGGAUGUUCAUUAUUCUUGAGUGGAUAGAAAUUAGAAGUGUUUGGUGACAGAUUACCGUGCUGAGAAAUAGAUUUGGCUAUAUGCCUAUGGAGGCAUUUAUGCAGGCUUUUUCAA